CGAGAGCCUGUUGGCAGGCUACUGAAAGCGAGGCUGGGUAUUCCUGAGCUUCGACAAAGAGAAAGUAAAUCAUUAUAUGGAGAAAGAUCUAAGAUUAAUCUCUUUUUGAGUAUUAGAGAGCUUUUGUGGGAAGUAUUUUGAAUCAGGAGAAAACUACUUGAGGUUUUUUAAGCUUUGAGAGCGAACAGAAAGGAAAAGUACUGUACGUAAAGGCCAGGGCAAGUCGUGACGAGAUCAUACCAGAAGCGAAAGUACAAACAUACGUGUGCUGUGCACUGAUAAGGUAUAUACAUGGCAGCGAGUGGAACAGAAACGCCAACUAUCGAAAACAUUGAUCUUAAAGUCGACGACAAUCCAGUGGAGGACCACAUUAAUAUCGACGUAAAACAAGUCACGGAAGAAACGACUCCCUUAAAAGCUGAUAGUGAUGACGAAGAGCUUGAAUUUGGAUUCGGGAGAGACGAGCCAGUCUUUAUCACAGAUCAGGAUAUUGCCGACUUUCGAGAAUCGUCGAUGGAAAGAUCAACAGAACUUUCACCUGACGCCAACAAGGCGUACGAAGAAUGGAUCUAUGUGGAUAUGAACAAGUCUACCCACGAAGUGAAAGAGGACUUGCUUCUUUUGAGUUCAGUUUAUGGAAAGGAUCAAGUAUGUUGUUGUGUUAUGUGAACUAGAGAAGGCGUUAAUUUAUUUCUUGAUCGAAUGAAAGCCACGAAAUAUUCCUUGAUUUCUAUUGUGUAGCUUACAAAGCUUAGAAGGUGGGAGAAAGUGUUAGGAGAUGGUUUCAGUUUAAUUCAUUUCAAUAUGUACAUUACACGGUCAGAGAAUUAAAGUAGAUACAUUACGAAGUUUAUAUCAUGCAUGAUAUGAAAGGACAGCCCUGUGUAUCGUUUAUUGGGCAGGGAAAGCAGAGAAAUUUCUAGGGUAAAAAUAUGUAGGUAUGCAUUUUAUUGCAUGUAAUUGCUUGCUCUCCUGAUAAUUUGUCAAGCAAGUUCUGUGAAAGGGCAGCAAGGGUUUGAUGGGUAAAGAGUUUGUGUAGACAAUUGUCCUAUUGUUAUCCCAUUGCAGAGCACGUGAUAAUACUUGAAAUUAGUUUAUACUCAUGUUAUUACACCCUUGAUUUCCCCAAAGGGGAAAUAUAGGAUUUCAAUUGGCAGGGCUGUGGUCUGGCAGUGCCCGGUAGCCCCUGGUGCCUUACUUUUGCUCUUGGGCAACCUAGGAAUCUUAGUUUUUUCAUAAAAGGCAUAUGCUGGGCACCCUGGAUUUCACAGUUUCAGUGCACAGGGCUCCCUUUAAUCUUUCUUAGAGUGCAGCCUUGAUUGGGCAAUAUAAAUAUGACACAAUUCAUGGUUACCUAGUUUCAUGGAACACACAUGAUUUUAAUUAUCUGAUAGCCCAUUCAGCCCUAUUAAAUUAGUUCUCCUGAAGGUAGUUUCCUAUUGGUUUUAUUAACUGAGACCAAUGCUACAAGUGACUAAAUAAUUGGUUUACCUGGGAUGAAUGGAAUUUAGUUGUAAUCUUCAAACGAAAUUCUUAGAAUCAUCUUGAUUAGAGAGAUAAGAGUGGCUCUGGUCAUUCUAACUGAAGCAAGAAAAUAUGUUACUGGGAUUCCAUUUUUUUUCUAAGGAGACCAAUCAGUUUUUCAGUGAAAGUUCUAAAUGUGUUGUAGGUGCUUGACUUUGUCUGAGAAAUUCUUCUGUCUUCUGGUUUUGCUGACAACUAGAAUACACCCAUUCUCAGACAACUGCUUAGAACUAUUUAUGUAGAAUUUUCAAGAGGGUACAGUUUUCUUUAUUGAGGGAAUUGUUAAUUUUACUUUAUUAUAUUCUCAUGUUCCAUGUUGGAGAGUAAAAAUCACAUCUGCUUUGCAACUCCAUGCACAUUAGGAACAUAGUAAAAAAUUAUUUUGUCACUAAUUGUACCAGGGAAAUAGCUAGCUUCAACAAAAACCAUCAAGUUCACAUAAGUCCUUGAGGUAACAAAAUCACAGUUUUAUUAUAUGCCGUGUUAAUCAUUAUUGAGUUAUGCACCUAUUGAUCACAUUAAGUGGUGAAUAUUAGUGGCCACAUAAAUUUCAUAAUGAGAUAUUCCAGAAUUACUCAAAUUGUGUAACAAAGAUAGUUACCCAAGCUCUGAAAUGGAAAUUAUUGAAUGUGGUCAUAGGGUAGACUGUAGUAAAAUUACUAUAAUGUCUAUAGCAAGAAGCCAGGCCGGAAUUUGA